AUGUCUUCUACUGAGAAAUGUUGUACUUCAUGCAAGCUUAUGGGUCAUAGUCGUAAAUCCAGUGUUCUUUGUUCUUUGUAUAAGAAACGAAAUACACUUUAUAUCCCUCCGAAAAGAACAAAUGAGAAUAUUUCAAUUGAAGAAGAAUUUCCUGCAGAAAUUGUUGAUCCAACUAUUAUUCUUGCUGAAGAACCUACCAGUGAGCAUGAGGAAGAAAUCAUGACAAUAAAUGAAAGCACUGCUACCCCUCAUUGUCCAAGCUGUUUGGGAACAAAUUAUCUUCGAAUAACUAGCCUGAUGUGUCCUAACAAUGUACAGAUACCGGUACAAAAUCAGAAUCCUCAAAACCAGAAUGUUGCCAACAUUGCCAGACUCCAAAAUAUCUCUGAGUCAGAAAUUGAUAGCAGAGGGAAUAUGGAUGUUGUCUGUAGAUUUUGUGGAGCAUUGAUGUGGUUGAAAGAGAAGGACACUGAUUUGUUUAUCUGCAGAUCGAAAUUUAACAUGUGCUGUGACAAGGAAAAGUAUGUUCUUCCUUCUCUUGAGCCAACACCACCUGGAAUUUCCAAGCUUCUAAAUUACAGGACAUCCGAUGGGAAAGAUUUUCUCAGUAAAAUCAGAGGCUACAACAGCACCUUAAGCUUCACAUUGCUGGGAGCUAAAAUUGAUAACUCUGUGGCAAAUAACUAA